AUGAAGGCCGCGAGGAAGGUCCGGGAGCUGGAGAAGGCCGACUACGACGCCCUGCACAAGGACUACUCGGAGUCGGUGGAUGCCCUGGAGCGCGCCAUCCAGGUCCUCAAGAAGCAGGCCUACGACCGCAAGCAUGCGUCCUUCGCGCAGGUGGCGAAGCUGAAGACGCUGAACCUGAUCCCGGCCAAGGCGAAGAGGGCCCUCGACGCCUUCCUGCAGGAGGACCCCGACGAGGGCCUCGCCGUCAGCGCCCCAGAGGCUGCCGGCUACGAGUUCCAGUCGCACGGCAUCAUCGAAAUGCUGGAGAAGCUGCUGGACAAGUUCGUGGGCGAGAGGAUGACAGGAAUCGAGAAGGAGGAGAUGAACGCUCACCACCAGUUCGAGAUGCUGGUGCAGGACCUCACGGCGCAGACCGAGCAGGCGACGACGGACAAGGGGGAGAAGACGGAGUCCAAGGCCAAGAAGCUGCAGGCCAAGGCGGAGGCGGAGGGCGAGCUCACCGACACCACCGCCACGCGGGACGAGGACAAGAAGUACCUGGACGACCUCACCGCCACCUGCGACCAGAAGGCGCGCGACUUCGAGUCGCGCCAGCAGCUGCGCGCGGAGGAGAUCGUGGCCGUCCAGAAGGCGAUCGAGAUCAUCUCCAGCGACGCCGUGGCGGGCAACGCCGACAAGCACCUGCCCGCCAUGGCGCAGACGAGGGGCCGCGCCCUGGCGCAGGCGCACGCCGCGCACGCCCGCUCCCUCUCCGAGAGCGUCGUCCGCGACCGCGCCGUGUCGUUUCUGCGCCGCCGCGCCGGCGAGCUGGACAGCCGCGUGCUGCAGACGCUGGCCGCCCGUGUGUCCGACGACCCCUUCGCGAAGGUCAAGAAGCUGAUCAAGGACCUUAUCGUGCGCCUAAUGGAAGAGGCCAACGCCGAGGCGGAGCACAAGGGCUGGUGCGACACGGAGCUGUCCACCAACGAGCAAACGCGCAAGGAGAAGACGGCAGCGGUCGAGACCCUGCACGCGGAGAUCGACGAGCUCCAGGCGUCCAUCGCCAAGCUCAGCGAGGAGCUGACGGAGCUCGCAGCCGCCGUCGCCGAGCUCGACAAGGCGAUGGCAGAG